AUGAAGUUCAGCAUUGGAUCAUUUUCCUCCAAGAAGAAACAAGAGCCCAAGAGACCACUUGAAGAUACAUCUGAGGGUGAAUCAACUUCUAAGGAUGCUUCCAAACGAAUGCGAUCGACUGUUAUCCAAGCCGACGAUGAGGACGAAUUUCUUGCCAGUGCCGGAAUUGCACCUUCUUCAGUAUCCAAAGUAUCAGCACCACAAGCGAGUCAACCAGCUGCAGCCGACGAUGAUGAUGAUGAGGAGGAUCCAUUGGAUGCAUUUAUGGCAGAUAUGAAUGAACAAGCCAAGAGUGCGAAGAGUGAACCUAAGGUACAACGCAACGAUCUUGAAGAAGAGGAUGAUAUGGAAAGCUAUGUACGACACAUGAAGGGGAAAGGCAUUACGGUGGGCAAGCCAAGCUCGGAUACCUUGCAUCGACGUGAUGAGAAUGCCAAUUCGGAUGACGAGGUGUAUGCGACGGCUGCCCUUAUGGAUGACGACAAUGACGACGAUGAUGGUGUUGGUCCUAUCAAGAAGGAAAUUGAACCCUUGGCACGUGUCAACCAUGAUGAGAUUCAGUAUCCCGAGAUUGAAAAGUACUUUUACGAGGAACACAGCGACAUUGGUGCCUUAUCCUUGGAGCGUGUUGCAGCCAUUCGACGUGAUCUUGGUUUACACGUGACUGGAAGUGAUCCACCAAAGCCAUGCAUUUCGUUUGCUCAUUUUGGAUUCGAUGAGGAUAUCAUGUCUACCAUUAUCAAGGCUGGUUAUUCGGAGCCAUCAGCUAUUCAGAAACAAGCCAUUCCUACCGCUCUCGAAGGUCGUGAUAUCAUUGGUGUUGCAAAGACGGGCAGUGGUAAAACAGCUGCUUUUGUUUUGCCAAUGCUUGUACACAUUAUGGAUCAAGAGGAAUUGCAAAAGGGUGAUGGUCCCAUUGGUCUUAUCCUUGCACCUACGCGUGAAUUGGCGGUUCAGAUCUACUCAGAGACGAAGAAAUUCGCCAAAGCCUAUGGUCUCAAUGUGGCAGCAGUCUAUGGUGGUGCAUCCAAGAUGACUCAGUUCAAACAAUUACGCAGCGGCAGUGUGGAGAUCCUUGUUGCAACACCGGGUCGACUGAUUGACAUGAUCAAGAUGAAAGCAACCAACCUUAGACGCGUGAGUUACCUUGUAUUGGACGAAGCCGAUCGCAUGUUUGAUUUGGGAUUUGAGCCCCAAGUUCGUUCGAUUUGUGAUAACGUACGUCCGGAUCGCCAAGCUCUCCUUUUCAGUGCCACAUUUCCCAAAAAGGUGGAAUGGCUUGCACGCGAAGUGACUCACGAUCCAAUUCGCAUCAGUGUGGGAACAACGGGUCAAGCCAAUGAGGACAUUACACAAAUUGUGGCAGUCAUGGAAGAUGAAAUGUACAAAUGGGAUUGGCUAAUGCGUCGGCUACCUGGUUUCUGUGCUGAAGGAAGUGUCAUCAUCUUUGUAUCACGUAAAGGGGCUGUCGAUGUACUUGCAUCGAACCUCGGAGAUGCCGGUUUUGAUUGCGGAGCAUUACAUGGUGAUCUUAUGCAACACGAGCGUGAGAGAGUACUUCGUGACUUUAGAGCCAACAAAUUCAAUGUGCUGGUGGCAACCGAUGUGGCUGCACGAGGUCUCGAUAUCAAGACUGUCAAGAACGUUGUCAACUUUGACGUUGCCCGUGAUAUUGAUUCUCAUGUACAUCGUAUUGGUCGUACGGGUAGAGCUGGUGAAAAGGGUACAGCCUAUACAUUGAUUACCAAGAAAGACGACAAGUUUGCUGGCGAUUUGGUUCGAAACCUUGAAAACUCGGGACAAGCAGUACCAAUGGAUUUGAUGAGUUUGGCCAUGAGCAAUCCCCGCUUUCGCAAUUCUAGAGCAUAUGGUGGUCGUGGAAGAGGACGAGGAAGAGGACGAGGAGGACGAGGUCGUGGUACUCGUGGACGUGGUGGUGGUGGUGGUGCUGCACAAUUUCAAGGAUUUAGCAUGACAGGCUCAAACACAGAACCAUUAUCUUCACGAUCGAGACCAUCAUUUGGGCCGAUGAAUUUCCGAAAAGCAACGACCGAUGAAGCAGGCGCUCAUGGGCUUAAUACAACUUCAGCAAUGCAUCAUCAUCGCAAAUAG